AUGUUCAACCAACCCACAGUGUGUAGCUGGAACACAGACAGCAAUAUUAUUGUGGGAUACAGUCUUCACUGCAGUCCCUCGAAACGUCUCUCCGUACGUGUAACAAUAUUCUGGAUGCAUGCGACGUUGAUCUUCUUAUGUGGUUUUUCGGUCAUGUAUUUUUUUUUUUGGUAGUGUAGACUACAUUAUGUGCACAUCGAGAAUAUUUUAAUCUCUUCCGUAUUUCUGGCUGUCUGGAUUUGGGAGUCUACAGAUAACUGUAGCCACUUUUUGAUCAAGGCUUCGAAUAUUUCCUUUUGAUAGCACAAUUGGGGAAACAUUUUGAUAUUCUUACGUGGAUAUACUUGGACUUUUUCACGGUUUCAGCCUAGUUGGGUGAAGGGACCGUUUUUCAAUCCACGCACAUCGCUCCCGUUGCAGUGUUUCGUUCUGCACGGUUCGAUAGUAUCCUAUAAACUUGACCAGAGCAUUUUCUCAGAAAUACACUUUUCGUCUGAUCUGAUGUAUUGCGCGGCGCAGUGCAUGUUGAUAAGUACGAUGUAUUAUUCUUAAAAACUAGGAUUGUGGAGGUCAUUAUCAGUGCCAAUCAUAAUGGCAAACGACGACAACCGCUGUAUAGUGGAAAAGUACAUUUGUCACAAACUCUUGAAAAUUGGAUAUGCGUGGGAUUUCGAGAAUGCAGAGGAAGAUGCUGAUAAUAAUGGGUCGAUGAUUUCUCCUCCGCCUGGUUUGGCACGGCGGUGCCACGGGGCCAAUAACGCCAGACCGGGCAGCGUCCCCCAUCUUCCCAAACGGCUCUCCCAAACGGACCCGCAUGCAGCUAUUCACAGAGUUUUGCGUGAGGCCGGGGACGAACUCGAACGACUGUACCAGCCCGACUUUGCGGAGAUGUCACACCAAUUGUAUCUCACGUCUUCUAUGGCAGAAAGGAGAUUCAGAGAGGUGAUAGACGAGCUGUUCAGGGACGGGGUUAACUGGGGACGAAUUGUCGCCUUCUUCGAGUUCGGUGGCACAAUAUGUGUGGAAUGCGUGAACAAGGAAAUGACGUCGCAGGUUGACCACAUCGCUGGGUGGAUGACGGAGUAUCUAAAUGGACCGCUGCACAACUGGAUUCAAGAGAACGGGGGAUGGGAGGCCUUUGUUGAGCUCUAUGACAGACAGAGGGACUCCGUGUUCUGUUCAUGGCCGUCCAUCAAGACUGUCUUUGGCCUGGCUGCACUGGGGGCCGCAAGCCUUACCAUCGGAGCUUACCUUACACAGAAGUGAAGGAGUCCCCCCCCCUCCCCUCUCUUUCUUUUUGUCCUCCCUCCCUCCUGCUCUCACUCCUUUCUCUUUUCAAAGGCCCCCUCCAAGAUCCCCAACCUGCAUGUCUUCAAAGCUUCUCUCCCCGUUCUCGGAAAAAACUCCCUAUUCCUCACCCCUCACUUAAAAAAACAGACACAAAUCAAACAACAGCAGGAAACGGAGUCACUGCCCACACAGAAGAAAAUAUGUCAUGAAAGUCGUGCCAUUUAACUGUAAUCACAAAAAGUUUGGCUUGAAAAGAGACGAGAGGAAGGGAGGGUUGGUGUCGUUUUUGUUCUGCCUGCUUGAGUACUAGUUGUAGCAUGAAACCUUUGUGUGCUCAUGUAGACUUGUGUAGCAUGUGUCGGUGAGGCAAAAGAAAGCAUAGACACUCUUAGAAGAAGGGUUCCAAAAUGGUUCCUCGGCUGUCCCCAUAGGAGAACCCUUUUUGGUUUCAGGUAGAACUGUUUGGUGUUCCAUGUAGAACCCUCUGUGGAAAGGAUUCUACAUGGAACCCAAAAGGGUUCUACCUGGAACCAAAAAUGUUUUUUCAAAAGGUUCCGCUAUGGGGACUCCCUUCAACCCGCCUUCAAAGGACUUCCUCCACACAACAGCUGCUCUGAAUGUAUAAUGGAAGGAGCUCGCUACUAACCAGCACGGUGUGUCUGUCCACCCACCGCUUCUAUACUGCAAUAUACCAGGAUACCAGGAGCAUCACUGAACUCUGAACACAGAACAGUUAGUUACACACACCAGCUCUGACAACACGUCUUCUAGGCGCCACAGACGCAACUUGCUCUGCCUCUCUUAGAGAGAUAUGUAAGGACAAUGCAGUAGAGUACAUUUUUUUGCAUUUGACCCAUAUGAAAUGUAAUAAGAGAAAGAUCGAGGGGGGUAUUAAAGAGAGAAUAGAGGGAGGUAUUGAAGAGAGAAUAGAGGGAGGUAUUAAAGAGAGGAUAGAGGGAGGUAUUAAAGAGAGAAUAGAGGGAGGUAUUGAAGAGAGAAUAGAGGGAGGUAUUAAAGAGAGGAUAGAGGGAGGUAUUAAAGAGAGGAUAGAGGGAGGUAUUGAAGAGAGGCUAGAGGGAGGUAUUGAAAAGAGGAGAAAGGGAGGUAUUGAAGAGAGGAUAGAGGGAGGUAUUAAAGAGAGGAUAAAGGGAGGUAUUGAAGAGAGGAUAGAGGGAGGUAUUGAAAAGAGGAUAGAGGGAGGUAUUGAAAAGAGGAGAGAGGGAGGUAUUGAAGGCGUGAACAGCAGGUUGGUUAGAGCUUUUGGCAGCCCAAACCCCUGUUUGAUCAAUGUUUCUGACAGAAAGUGAAAAAUAUUAUUCCACCUAGCUGGAUUUCUGGCUUAGUCGAGAUCAGAGGGGGAUCGAGGGAUAGAGGUAGAUACAGAGAAAGAGAAUGUGUGAGAGACAAAAAGAGGGAGAGAAAGUCAUAGAAUGAGCAGAAAUGUGGAUACAGACAAAAAGAGAUAAAGGUGUUAGGGUCAAACAUAAGAUGUGGAUUCAUUCCAAAGGUUCAGUGACAGUGAGCCUCCCUCUCCAGUUGCUAGAGGCGCCUCUACAGCCUGUUCUAAGAUGUCUCACUUGGAGGAAGAACUGUGUCCCUGAAUGGCCUGGCGUGGUUCUGUUUGGCCUCACGUCACUCCCUCCCCGUCAGAUGUCUCUGAAAUGCAUUUCUUGUACUCUCACUGCCUCUUUUUAUUACUAUCUCUCGCUCUCUCUCUCUCUCUCUCUCUCUCUCUCUCUCUCUCUCUCUCUCUCUCUCCCUCUCUCUCUCUCUCCUGCCCCCUCCCCUCUGCCCAUAUGUAUGACCAGAACUCAAGGUCUCACCCACCCAGACCAAGCCACCGCUGAAAGGGGACUGAACCAAACUGCCAAAUCUCCCAGAACAUGUCCUCCAGCUGCCGCUGGGCUCUGAUCUAGGGGACAAAAAGGCCCCACAUACCCCCCAACGGCCUACGCUAAUGGUUGAUCCCACAUCUAGGAGGACCUCCGAACGUGCACCUCUCUCAGUUUCACAAACCGUAGCAGACUCCAACAUGGGAUACCCAACAAGAAAAAUCCCUAUUGGACACAAAGACUCUCUAUUGUUUUGAAGUGACGUCCAUUGUAUUCCCAGUAACUGAUAUAUUUGAGCCCCCUUGCUCCGAGUCUGUCGCUGCAAUGGCACAGAUCACAACAUCUCUUUAGAGUAAACAAUCAUUUCCCAGAAUACUUUAGGUGUUUGUCUAGUGUUGGAGAUGACAUAACCUUCUUGGAAAGGCUUACUAUCCAUAAUAUUUACUAUUUUGCUCUCUCUUUCACACACACACACACACACACACACGUUUAUGUAGAUAAGUAUGUGUCGAGAAAAUGUUGUUAACUCAUCGCAAUGAUUUCUCUCACCAAAAAUCUCUCUCUUUGUCUCGGUCUUCUUUUAUCAACGCAAAACACAUGUCGUCUGAAGUUUUCAUAGAAUGAGUAUUCACUAUGUAUACCCAUAUUUAUGUUAGAUGUUACACAUACCAACUUAUGAUUUGUAUUUAUUGAGAGGUACCAGAACACAGAUAUUUAAAUCAUAGAUGAGAUGAAAAGUUAAGAUCAUGGAGACACUCAAAUGUCUUGAGAAAUCGUAUCUUUCGUUUUAUUCAAGGAACCACAUUGUAACAAUACACUAUUUGGGGCUGCUAUUGUAUCAACAGUAGAGUAACAUUUCUGUGUAAGACGUGUUAAUAUUGGUUUAACACUGCUGUACUGUAUUAGUCCUGAUUUCACUUAACUCACAGCUUCAAACUGCCACACAGAUACAGUAUUGUUAUAGAAAGCUGUAAACCAAAGUGAACCUGUAAGUAACAUUGUGUAGCAUGAAGAGAUAAACACAUGCCAAUUCACUUUCACUUCUUUUAAAUAUUGUCGGAGUGAGAUUUUGCAGGAAAGGUUGUUGUAAAGACAAUGUCUGGCAACCUAUUCCCUUUAUAGUGCACUACUUUUGACCAGGGACCAAAGGACUCCAUAGUAAAGUAGUGCACUAUGUCAGGAAUAGGAUGCUAUUUGGGAGACAGUAAAUAUUAGCCUGCUUGGUGUUGUUCAUAACAUUUCAGUAGAUACCGUAGCACCCGAAUGCAUCCAUCUGGACAUGUGUUAACCGGUGCUUGAUUGAUAUACAUGUAUGUGUGGUAAUUGUUAACAUAGUAAUGAAUUCCUUCUCAAGCUUAUGUAGUGACAGAAAAGUCUCCACGUCUUGCUAGAUUCUAUCAUCAUAACCAAGGGCACCAUUCCUUUUCUAUUUUAACAGAGGUCAAUCCCCCUACUCAUGAUAAACCCUCCAGUGAUAUGUUCAUAUGAAAACAGAAAUUAGUAUGACAUUUUUUUCAGGAGUUUAAACACAAGAUAAAAAAAAAAGUCACUAACUGACUUGUUCAUAAAUAAAAUGUGUAAAGGUUUGUAUGUGAGGAGGAGUCAUUCUCAUAUUCCCUUCUGGGAUUCUGUUUAAAUGGGUGGAGCCUACAUCACACCAUGGUUAUAGAGUUGUAAAUAUAAUCCUCAACCUGUGGCACUUAAGAGGUCAAAUCAAAUGUGUUACCAUUGUUUAUGCUAUGUAUGUAUCACAAUAAGCUAGAUGGGAUCAUGCUGUUCCCAAUAAAGCACAUCUUUCCUGCA